CUAUCUUAUUCCUAAGAUUAACAGAGAACAGAGAAAACUAGAAGGAAUGAAACUCUGCGCUUUAUUUUCAGCAAAGAAAGUUUUGAACAUGCUAGAAAAAAGAUAAAAAAGGCUGAGGGCGCUAGUGAUGUGGAGAAGGUCCACUUCUCCACUACAGAUUCGGAGCAGUGUGGCAGGGGAAAGAGGAAAAGGUGGGCCAGAACUCACGACUCGUCCUCUGAAUCGGAUGAUGAGUUGCUCACCAAAAGACCCUCCUCAAACAUUAAAUAUGUUGCCCGAGGCACCGGUGCAACCAGGUGCACCGGUACAUCUGCCACGGACUUCAAGCCAAAGUUCGCCACUUGUUAUGGCUCCUGCAACGCCAACUACAAGCCAGAAUGCGCUUCAUCAGUCGCCUGCUAUGCAGAUCUCCAGCAGUGAACAAAAUCUUUUCCAGAAGCUGCUGAGGAGUUUCCAUCUGCUAAGGAUGGAAGUAAAAGAGAUUAAAGCGACAUUGGACUUGCUCGUUGAGCAGUCAAACAACAGUAGGAAUCAAUCUUCUGUAGCUGUGACAAACAUAGAUGUUAAACUUCCUCUGGAAGAUUUUGAAGGUGUUCAAAAUCUAGAGAGGUUGCUAGAAGAAGAGAGGCAACAAAAACUACUUGGUCUGGUUUAUUGUUGA